UUGCCUGGAUGAAAACCCACUUGUGAUUCGCCCUGAGUAGACCACAUCCCUUGUGGGCUGAAACAGGCCGGACUGAGAGGUGAAACCCAGGAGUGCACGGAAGCCUGGCGGUACCCACAGCACCGGGGACGGACGGCUCAUCGGGCCGGGGGGUCCAGGCCUGCAGCUCUCCGCUGCCUCCCCUGCAUGGCUGGCACCGUGCUGGGCGUGGGGGCCGGCGUGUUCAUCCUCGCCCUGCUCUGGGUGUCAGUGCUUCUGCUGUGUCUGCUGCUGUCCAGAGCCUCAGGUAUAGCUAGGUUCUCCGUCAUUUUCGUGUUCCUCGGUGCUCUGAUCAUCACGGCAGUUCUGUUGCUGUUCCCCCGAGCCAGUGAAUUCCCCGCCCCUGAGGCCGAGAUGAAGAUUGUAGAUGCCUUUUUCAUUGGCCGCUAUGUCCUGCUGGCUUUCCUCACUCUCGUCUUCCUUGGGAGCCUUUUCUUGGUUCUAAUCCAUCACAUCCUGGAGCCAAUCUGUGCCAAACCACUGCGGUCCUACUGAGCCAUCUUCAGGAAAACCAAGACCCUGUUCUUUCCCUCGCUUUGAUGUCACUGAUGAGCAGAAAGGUAUUGUUUGGAGUCUUGUUCUGACAGCCUUCCUGCCUUAAGAUCGGAGGAUCAUCUCUUCAUCACUAAGACAAAUCCCUUGAGUCCUGGCUUCCAGAAACAGGGUUGCAAAAUUGCCCCUGGGGAGAGAUUCUCACCAGCUUAAGAGGGAUAUUGCCGUCUUCUUAGCACCUGUACCUCAGAUUUUCCAUCUCUUUUGAAAAGGAAAUAGCAACAGGGAUCUGCUUAGGGUAGGUUUUCAAUGAAGACUUCAGUAAAUGAAUUUUGGGAAAAGGGGCACUUUGGCUUCUGCUGUCCAAUAGAUGGAAGAACUUGGUCCUUUUUGAUACUAUGAAAAAUUGUCAGUUACAAGGUCAAGAUCAUUUGGGAAAGAAAGACAAUCAAAGUUCAAAAGGUUAUUUCAGUGUGAUGACCUGGAGACAUAUCCAGGUGCCGGUUACGGAGCACUCCGCGUAUCCUGACACCGGGCUCCACAAAGGCCAUGGUGUCACUUCCCGCUGCUCCAAGAAAGCAAGCAACAGCAGCCAAAGGACUGGCUUUCACCUCGAACUCCUGGCCACAGCCUUCUAAAUCCAGCAUUUCUAUAUUUCAGGUUUCCUUGGGGAUUAGAGGCAGGGUAUGGAAACGUCAGUUGUGUGUCCUGCUGCUGUCUCUCUGGAUUCUUCUUCUUCCAGGAUUCGGCGGCCUUUGUUCCCUUAUUUGGCUACCAUAAGAGUCCAUUUGGGGUUACUGUCAUCUCUUUCAUCUUCGUAGUUCUUUCUCCAAAGCUGGUGAGGAAUGUAUAUGCCCAGGCUUAGGUAUAACUUUAUACCUAAGCCCCCAGACCAAGUGAAAUUUGUUAUUAACUAGAUGGGCUCUAGGCUGGUUCCAUUUUGGAAGUCGCAUCCUGGCUCCCUAGAGCUAUUUGAAGGAGGACUUUCUGGCUUAAAAUUAAGAACCAGAAAACAAGUUGGAAAAAGAACUUUGAUUGAGUACAUGCUAUAUGCCAGUAGUACACUAAUCUUUUUUUUUUUUUUUACACAGAUGUAAAUGACAGGCUUGUGUGUUAAGGGCAAAAAUAUGCUUCGUACAAAGGGUAUUUUAGCUCGGCCUGCCUUCUGUAGAUCCUGUAACUACCAGCAGUGGUGACAUAAAUGAUGGGUCACUUUCUACCUUCAUAUGCCAAGCAGUCAUGUCCAACCCUGAAAACAACCCUCACAGGGUUGGGAUAAGAAGUAGAAGUCUGGGAGGGCACAAAAUGAAUUUCACUGAGUUCUACAUGGGGGACCCCGAUAAUCAAUGGCUAAUAUGGCACCCCCUGUGCUCACAGCCUUCCUGGGGACAGGGCUUAGAGGGCAUCCCUUAAAUACAAACAAAUCAUCUCAGGGUCCCAUUCAUCCUUCUUUGAUCAAUGGCCUUAGCGCAGGUGGUGCCACCCAGAGGGGAUCCCGCGGCAAAGAGACUGUGGUGAUCCCACUGUCUGGAAGCGGGGGAGGGAGAGUGAAUCAGGGCUUCCAUAUAAGAAGACAGGUUAUUUCUCAGCCUCUUAAAAUUGCAUCCUGGCGAAAACCACAUCAGCAGGACGCCACAACGUUCACAGCGGAGACAUUUGCCUGAUCCACUAGGUGGCGCUGUCUCAAGCCGGCAGAACACACUAGGUAAUUUUUUUGACAAGUUCCUUUUAUUUCUCACUGGUAAAACAGAAGUAGAGCUAACAUUCUUUCCUGAUGCAUGGUAUCGGAUAUUUAAUCUAAGAAUUCAUCAGAGUUAUUGUACGCUGUUCAGUUGCUAGGGAAUGCACUGCCAUUCAUGCAUGCUGCACACAGCAGGUGUGGGCACUCACUCAGCAUUGACUGUGCUCCCACUGGGUGUGAAGCACGGUCCUGGUGGAGUAAAUCCAUCCAAGAAUGAGGCUCUGAGGCAUCCAGGCUGUCUUCCUCACUCCUUCCUGGGAUGAAGGCAUCCAAAUCAUUUUUAAAUGUUUUUAUUCUAACAUAAAGUAAUCCGUUUCUUGAUCUGUUCUCUAAGACAUAAACUUUUCUGUCAGCUCUAUCCUGUUGCUGCUGCAGUUGAAGGGUUUUGUUUUGCUUUGAUUUUUAUUCAUGUGUAAAGAAACCUGCUGCAAUUAUUUCACAGAUGAGAGACAGGCAGAGAGAUGCAGGGGUUUAAAAAGUUGCCCAGCUUGUUAGUAGUGAGGUUCACACUUUGCAUCGGGAUCCUGACAUUUCAUUUCUCAGAUAGUUUAAGGAUCCGUUUUGGCUUUCAAACAACUCCUUAUUUUUACAUUGGCUAACACUACUUCUUAGCUAUUUGUAUGCACCAUUCCCCUGACCCAUAUCCAAAAAAGGUAAACGUUUCAUUAAAGAAUUCCUAAUUAACAUUUAUAGUACAAAUAAAAAACAUUUUAUCAUGACAUCUUGGC